AGUAUAGGCAGCGCAAUUGAGGGCUUCCACCAUUUUAAUGUGGUCAACUAGGUAGGACUUUCGACUUCAUUGGCUGAUCCGUUCUGGUGACCCUAUUGGAGUCAUAUCCAACCGGGUCAUGAGCAGGGCUAAGGCAAACGCGAAAAAGAAAAUGGACUACUUCAAACCGGAGAUUGCCUCAAUGGCGCUGCCUAUGCUGUCACAGACGCUAUAAUGGCACAUAAACAAAAAUGAGUCCUCUAUCUAUCUCUAUGGUUCCAGCCAUUACCUCAGUGGGUGCAUCCAUCGAGUUAGAUUGGAUAUAGCUAGCUUAACGUUAGUAAAUGUAUUCAUCUACGUUUAGGUAAUACGUGACUGUACCGUUAACUUCGGAAAUAAGCGGAUUCCCUCAUUCCAGCUAGCCAGCCAUAAAAGCUAACGUAACGUUUAUUUUCUAAGCUGAUAAACUAAUGACCUUUUGACAUCUAGCAAAAUUGAAUAUUCUGAUAGUUCUAAGUAGCGUUCUAUUGUUUUGUAGAACGCAAAGAAUAACAGGUUUUCCCGUCCGCCUUGGCUAGCUAGCUAGCACAAUACCUCCCACAGAUACGGGUUCUACGGGAAAUGGUCGACGUUCUCAUGUGUCCAUGGAGAAGGCGGCCUUUGAGGGGUGGCUGGAGUCGGUCUCCGCCUCUUUCCUUACACUGAGCGACCAGCAGCGCAACCAGUCCCUGGACCAACUCAUCUCGCUGAGCGGUGCAGUCCAGCUGCGGCACCUGUCCAACGGACUGGAGGCGCUGCUCAAGCGGGACUUCCUGCGACUGCUGCCCCUGGAGCUCACCUUCUACUUGCUGCACUGGCUCGACCCGCAGACCCUGCUCACCUGCUGCCUGGUGUGCAAGCAGUGGAAUAAGGUGAUCAGUGCGUGCACGGAGGUGUGGCAGGGUGUGUGCCGGGACCUGGGCUGGCGCAUCGAUGACUCCAUCCAGGACGCGUCCCACUGGAAGGGUAUCUACCUCAAGGCCAAGCUGCGCAUGAUGCAGUUGAAGGACCAGGAGGCCUUUGAGACCUCGUCGCUCAUCGGGCACAGUGCGCGCGUCUACGCCCUCUACUACAAGGACGGCCUUCUCUGCACAGGCUCUGAUGACCUUUCUGCCAAACUGUGGGACGUCCGCACAGGGCAGUGCAUCUACGGCAUUCAGACGCACACCUGCGCCACAGUGAAGUUUGACGAGCAGAAGCUGGUGACUGGGUCCUUUGACAACACUAUCGCCUGCUGGGAGUGGAGCACAGGUGCCAAGAUCCAGCAGUUCCGUGGGCACACGGGUGCAGUGUUCAGCGUGGACUACAAGGAUGACCUGGACACGCUGGUGAGCGGCUCGGCCGACUUCUCUGUGAAGGUAUGGUCCCUGUCGGCAGGCGCCUGCCUCAACACCCUCACGGGACAUACUGAGUGGGUCACCAAGGUGAUUCUUCAGAAGAGUGAAGUAGAAUCCAUGGUACACUGUCCUGGCGACUACAUUCUGUUGAGUGCUGACAAAUAUGAAAUAAAGAUUUGGCCUAUAGGCAGGGAAAUCAACUGCAAGUGCUUGAAGACCUUGUCCGUGUCAGAGGACCGUAGUGUGUGUCUGCAGCCUCGCCUGCAGUUUGACGGCCGCUAUGUCGUUUGUAGCUCGGACCUGGGGGUCUACCAGUGGGACUUUGCCAGCUUCGAUAUCCUCAGGGUCAUCAAAACGCAGGACCCCGCCAACCUUUCCCUGCUCAGCUUCGGCGAGGUGUUCUCGCUCCUCUUCGACACCGACUUCCUGUAUGUCAUGGACCUGAGGACAGAAAAGAUAUCGGGUCGUUGGCCUCUGCCUGCCUACAGGAAGUCCAAACGAGGUUCCAGCUUCCUGCCGGGAGUCACCUCCUGGCUCAAUGGGCUGGAUGGGCGAAAUGACUCUGGCCUCGUGUUCGCCACAAGCAUGCCUGACCAUAGCAUUCACUUGGUUCUGUGGAAAGAAAACCGAUAAAGAAAGCUAUCGGCGAAACCUACGAGGGCUAGGUUGUCAAUUGCCAUGCAAACAGGGUGCUCUGACUUUCUAAACCCAACAUCAAGUUAGAUAAUGCAUGGGCCAAAGUUGUUUUCCUUUUUUUGUUUUGACACGUGUUCUCAUACAUACAUGCAUCAUGCUGUCAGAUAGAGUAUUGGAGAUGGCUUCGCCAACCAUAAGACGCACCGAAACGCUGCUAUGAAUACAAGGGGAAGAAAGGCCCAGUUCAGAGGGCCAAGGCAGCAGUUGAUUUUAGUUCCAACCCUGCCAUGGGUCUUCUCACUUUGAAGGAAAUACAAGGACCGGAACGGUGGCUGAAUGAAGACCGAACUCUCGAAAAACUGCAUGGUCUACAACCAUUAGACUGUGACAACUUUACAAAAACAUUGCAAAACAAGUCCGGCUCUACAGCUGUAGACAUUUCCCUUGUAUUACCAUGUAUCAGAACUUUUAAACUUUGGACAAGGUUCUUCAAGCAGUUACGAGGCGGGAAGUUGCCUUAACACAAUACUUUGUUACAAGAAAGUACAUCUAUGACUUUGGCACAGUGUGUCCUACGUUUUCCCAAGACUGUCACCAACCAUCCCCAUGAGAGUUUUAUGUUGAAAUGUUCAAAGUGGUUUGGUGCAUCGGAUUUGUACCAUGUGAAGCGUUGUUGGAUAUUCAAUGUAAAUCCAUUGUUUGAUAAUGCUUUUCUUAGGGGUGCUUGUUUUAAAAGUCAACUUGACAUUAAGUUGUGCCUUUUCAUUUGAUUUGAAUAUUCACCUAGGUGUGACAAAUCAAACUAGAAUUUCAUUAUUACCAGGCACAUUGCAAUGAGAUAAUGAAUGUUGUAAUUGUAUAUAUAUUUUGUAUUAUCUUUCGUACUCUCCAUACUAUAACCAACCGCAUACAAUGUAUUUCUAAACUUACUAGGCUUGUCACGAUACCAACAUUUUACAUCAGGCCAAGUAUCAUAAUGCCACGUUGGGAAAAUAAGUGGGCGACCAUUCUGUUCGCCCUGUCCCUCGGAAGCUGGUUUCCUAAACGUUCUCCAAAAACCUGUCACUCAAAUUCACACUUCUACUCAAUACAACACAUUGAAUUUAACUUCACACUGUAUAAUAGAAUGGCCGAUUUGGUCAUAUUUGGCUGGAGGAAUAUACAUGCAUAAUGAUCUGCAUGUCAUUGUCAGUAAGGGGAAAACACUGCUUGGAACCUUUACUCUUCAGUUAAGACAUUUCCUCACGCUCAUACACACCACUCUCCCUCCCAGAAACACACAUAGUCCCAUGGUAACAACUUUUAAAAGGAUGGCACCAAACAGAAUUCAAGGAGCACCAGAAAGUAAUCGAUUUUUGAUAUAGUUUAUAGUAUGAUAUAGUUAAGUAACAAACCCUUUUCCUUCCUGUGCCAAUCAAAUGUGCCUAAGCCUACUGUCAAUUACCAGGUUGUUGGCUAGCUAGAUAACAUGAUUGAAUGUUGUUUGUAAUCAAACCAAUAAUUAACAACCCGGGAUUAGUUUAAAACGGCCCGCGACAUGGUUUGUGAAAUUAUAUCAAAUGCGCACGAAUCCCGAUAGAAAGGGGAAAAAGGCAUUCCGUUAAUAUGGGUAAUAUUUUUUGAACAUUUAGGCCAACUAAAGACAACGUUUUUUGUUGUUGCUGUAAAGCAUGCCUGUCGCGAAAGAGUGCUCCAUUUCACCUCUCUGACACUGCAUGCCGUUGAACUACUUGGACUGGUCUGUGUUCUUGGUAAUAACAGGCGAUGAAAUAAUACAAUGUAUCAACAUUGCUCGCUAUUCCAAAGUAACAAAUGUACACAUCUAACAGAAGACUCUGCGUCCUCGCUCGCCAUCGUGCAUACAUUUAUUUUGUCCCUCCACACCAAACGCCAUCACGACACGCAGGUUAAAAUAUCAAAACAAACUCUGAACCAAUUACAUUAAUUUGGGGACAGGUCGAAAAGCAUUAAUGGCUAUUUAGCUAGCUUGCUGUUGCUAGCUAAUUUGUCCUGGGAUAUAAACAUUGAGUUAUUUUACUUGAAAUGCACAAGGUCCUCUACUCCGAUAAUUAAUCCACACAUAAAACGGCCAACCGAGUCAUCUCUCAUCCUUCCAGGUUUUUUCAUCUUUGAAUUUAUAUGGUGAUUGGCAUCUACACUUACCACGACUACCGGCAACACAGUUCGUCUUUCAAUCACCCAUGUGGGUAUAACCAAUGAGGAGGUGGGUACCUGCUUCUAUAAACCAAUGAGGAGAUGGGAGAGGCAGGACUUGCAGCUCGAUCAGCGUCAGAAAUAGAAAGGAGUUCAUUUUAGCCCUUGGCAACGCAGACGCUCGUUGGGGAGCGUGCGAGCAGUAUGGGUGCAAUAAUUGAAUAACAUGGAUUUCUACUGCGGCGCUCGCGUCCGGUCUGGUCAGCAUGUAAAUUCUAUAUAUUUUUAAACUGACGGCGGAAUAGACGCGGGUGAGUGAGGGCUGUAGUGGAUGCAACGCACUGAUUACAGCUGCGACACCUGAUACGCGAAUGACAGAAGUGGAUAUCAUUGGACCUGCGCAUACAAGAGACUAGUGGCUGUUGCUUAAAUUCAACUGAAUUUAAACAUUUUACAGCAGGCUCUUUAGUUUGGCAGGGCUGAACAAGUUGGUAGUAUCGUGAAACGGUACAAUGGUGUUCUAAAAUGUUGGUAUUAUAAAGAUCAUCCGUUUUGGUACCUUUUAUUACCGUGGUACCGGUAUACCGUGCAACACUAAAUCUUGCCACCAUGUAACACUAAAUCUUGCCGCCAUUUACCCUACAUGAUUCACUUGAAUAUUUCUUGUGAAUUGCGGUAUUGAAGUAUAGACCAGGUAAAUGUUUUUUUUUUACAGGAUUUGAUGUUGGGAAGUUUGCACAAUGUAAAUGAGAGUGAGCAAUUGGUUAUCAGCUUGGGAGUCAAAGCAAGACUUGACUCUCAGCUAUGUUUUACAGUGACAUUCGGUUCAGCAGUGUACUUAGCAGACCGAGUCACUAAUUUAAGAGCAAAUCCCCAUCCAUGCAGUUUUUAAAUGUCCAUUUCAACACUUACAUAUGUGACUUUCUCAAAAGAUCACAUUGGUUGCUCAGAGGUGAAUUUAGCCCAGAGAUGUUUUAAUACUCUGAAAGAGACCUCAAACAUAUCAGGAGUCUUACCAGUUAAGUGGAAAAGACCGGAUAGAUUUUACACCAAGGCUGUUUCUGAAAAUGUUAAUGGCUGUUAAAUGCAUGCUUCUUCCAUUCUUGUUUCAUCAAUUCCUUGCCCUCCCUCUCAAAGCUCAUUGGGGGAGGUCUGAGGGAGGGACCUAGGAUCUUCUCCAAUGAAAGGUAAAGAGGUAGUUGAAACAAGGAUGGAGGUAGCAAGGAUUUGACAGCUGGUAACAUUUUCAGACAGUCUAUGCUUCCCUUCUCCCAAGUUCUAUAAUCUGUACAGACAAGUAGCUCUCCUACCAUUCUAUUGAUGCCUUACUAAGCAGAUGGUGAAUGGUAUGGUAAACCUAGACAAUCUCAUGUUUCAUUAGUUCAAACAAGGCCUCUGAGGUCAGACCUCUACAUGCAUCGCCUCACUAAACUGUAUUGCACUGUAAUAGCAUCACACACCCAACCAAUCUUUUUUUCAAUUGCAUCCAUCAAUCAGCUUAAUUCAGGUAUGUUGGUUGUGUAUAACAAUAUUGCAGUCUUUCAAAUAAAUGGAAGUUUUGCUAACCUUAA